UACGUGCGGCGGGGCGGGGCGGCGGCGCGUCCUUCCGUCGGCGAUGGCGGCCCGGCGCGGCACGGACGAGAUGCGGGAGCGCGUGGUGCUGGGCGAGUUCGGCGUCCGCAACGUCCACACCACUGACUUCCCAGGCAACUACCCCGGGUACGACGACGCGUGGGACCAGCGGCGCUUCGAGGAGGGGUUCCGCGUGGACGUGGUGCGGGAGGAGGACGGCGUGCUCGAGUUCGACAUGGUGGGCAUCGACGCGGCCAUCGCCAACGCGUUCCGCCGCAUCCUGCUCGCUGAGGUGCCGACCAUGGCUGUGGAAAAGGUGUUUGUGUACAACAACACGUCCAUCGUGCAGGACGAGAUCCUGGCGCACCGACUGGGCCUUAUCCCCAUCCGGGCCGACCCGCGGCUCUUUGAGUACAGGAAUCAAGGAGAUGAAGAGGGGACGGAAAUUGAUACUCUGCAGUUCCAGCUGAAAAUAAAAUGCAGCCGGAAUCCUCAGGCAGCCAAGGAAUCGUCUGACCCAAACGAGCUGUAUUUCAAUCACAAAGUGUACAGUAAGCACAUGACAUGGGUUCCCUUGGGGAAUCAGACAGACCUCUUUCCGGAUGCUGACUUCCGACCUGUCCACGACGACAUCCUUAUAGCACUGUUGAGACCUGGGCAGGAAAUAGAUGUGCUCAUGCACUGCGUCAAGGGUGUAGGUAAAGAUCAUGCCAAGUUUUCUCCUGUGGCCACAGCUAGUUAUCGACUGCUUCCUGACAUCACUCUCCUGCAGCCUAUCGAGGAUGAGGCAGCCGAGACGUUACAGAAGUGCUUUUCCCCUGGAGUCAUUGAGAUCCAGAACGUCAAGGGAAAGAAGGUGGCAAGAGUAGCCAACGCACGGUUGGACACGUUCAGCAGGGAAGUCUUCCGACACGAGGGUCUGAAAAACCUGGUGCGCCUGGCCAGGGUGCGAAAUCAUUACAUCUCUGCAAAGGUCUGGCUUGCUGGAAGUGCAGCAUAAGGGAAGAUGAGGAGCAAACGCUGGAGCCAGCCGCAGGCUGAAGCAGCGCAAUGGCCGUGCUGACUUCUGUCUCUGUGCAGUUUCAGUGGAGUCGACAGGUAUCUUGCCUCCAGACGUGCUGGUGACUGAAGCCAUCAAGAUACUGAUGGGAAAGUGUCAGCGUUUCCUGAAUGAACUGGAUGCUGUGCCAAUGGAGUGAGUGAGCUGUACAACCAAGAACCCUGUGCUGCUGUUUUGGGCUUCUUGCUCUGGCCGGCAGGAGUGGUUCUUCUGCCCUAGGCAUGAAUUUGGAGAUGGAUUUUUUUAAGAGCCCUGGGACCAUCUCUUUGUUUCGUGUGUGAUGAGCCUCAGUGAGGAGAUGCACUGAAAUAAAAGCUUGCUUUUACCUC